AUGAGUGAAAUCAUUUUGCCGGACUGCCACCACGAUGAUGCGCUCGGUUCUCUCAUCGCUCUCCUCGUUUUCCUAGGAAAUCCGCCUUACGGAGCUGCUGGCCAAGCCGAGGAAAUGAUUGAGAUGGAUAUGAACUGGCACAUACGGCUCGAAUUGGAAUUGAUUGCUAAGAAGGAGUUCUAUGAUGCUGCUACGAUGGAAAGAGAAAAGCCUCAUCCGGGAGGAACAGCGAUCAGACACGGGGCAGAGGUGCGAGUCGUCAUUUCUGUCACCCUCAGGAAUGGGAUUGAGGCGCAUGGAAUGUGUUCAGGAUAUUUUAUUGGAUCUUCGAAAUCCGUUGCACUUGGACACAGUCAGCUUUUCGAAAAAAAAAAGACUGAUACUCAAGACGACUCGCUGUUCGCCUUCGAGUAUUCAGAAUAUUCUCCAGUGCUGCACGGACAACAAAUUACUACGCCCUUGAUUGCUUCCGAUGAAUCAUCGAAAUCCGUUGCCAGAGAAAGCGUCAAUCCACCCGGACACCGAAAAACUACUGCAUCAGCUGAAUCGCCGCAUAAAGCUCACUGUUUCCUGGCUGGUUGCAGCUACAGAUAUGGGAAAUUUAUACUGCACUGGAUCAUCAAAGUCCAUCACGAGAAAUCCGGAGAUCCGCCAACCCGAUGA